AUAGGGGAAUACAGAGUUUGAAAAGUAUGGUGAGCGGUUGGAAAUCGACGUGUUCCUUCUCUCAUUGGUAUCCAAUAUUCAGAGAUGAUACCUUGAAGGCUACGAUACUUCACGUUCCCAGUGAUAUUUUGAAGUACUUGGAACACGACAAGUUUGUACUGCCGCUCGAGACGAUGAGAUUAUCAUUGCCAAAAAAUUCAGAAUGGAGCGAUGGCUCACCGGUAACCAGUGAGGGUGAGGAGACGGACUAUCAACCGACAUUCCCCAACUUCAGUCAGAAAAUACAAGAUGUUCUGGAUGAAUAUAAAGCAAUAUUUAUCAAGGGCAAUUGGAGUUCACCUAUGGAUGCAGUGUGGAUCGUUCCGACAAGAACUCUCAAAUGUAAGACAUUGGAAGAAGUCUAUCUACUACUAAAGAGUUCCGAUAGAAUUGCCAAAGACUUGAAAAAUGCAAGAUCUCUACAGGAUCACAAGAGUCCUUUAUCAUUUUGCUUGGUGUUGAAGGAAUGGCAGGAUAUCAACCCUUGCACAGAAUUCCGCUGCUUUGUCAUGGACAACGAGCUCAUUGCUAUAAGUCAAAGAGACAUAUCGCAGUACCACAAGUCCUAUGAGUCAGAAAAAUAUAGUAUACAGACAGACAUCAAGAGUUUUUUUUCGGAGCGCAUCAGAAGCAGAUUUCCGCUGCGUAACUAUUCCUUCGACGUCAUUCGAUUUAAGAAAGAUCACGUGAAAAUAGUGGAUUUCGGUCCGAUGGACGAAACGUCGACAAAGGGAACGCUUUUCACGUACGAGGAGUUACAAGAACGUACGAACGAUAUUUCGCCGGAGUUUCGAUUCAUCGGAGAGAAAAUGGGCAUUCAACCGAAGCUUUCCACGCACUUUUGCAUUCCGCAAGAGAUCGGCGAGUUUUUCCGGUCGGGCGACAACGCCUCGUUGUUGGAUAUCAUUCAGAGAGAAGUGGAAAAUCAACGGAAAGAGGCCGAAGACGCUUCGGAAAGUACCUGAUGUGUAUGCAGCGGUGAGAGAAAGGUUUCUCAACGUACGUAUGAGUAGCACAGCCGAGGCUUCCUCACGCACGCGUAUACGACAAAUUAAACGAGGGAGUGUAAAUUAUCGCGUCGACGCACGACUGCGUUAUCCACUCCGAGAGAAAUUGAUGUUUACAAGAGCAAUGAGCUAAUAAAUAUUGGUUAGCACAACGAAUUGCAUUCUAUAUAUGCUCCUUUAUAUGAUAUUACAGUUCAUCUCUUCGUUAUAGAACUUACAUUCUGUGAUCAAAAUCAAAUGUAACGGCGAUGUAAGGAUCGAUCGAACUUGUUCAAACUACUUUUACUCGCGAUAAAUUAUUAGAGAUUCUCAACUCGAUAUUCUUCACUCUCUCUCUCUCUCUCUCUCUCUCUCUCUCUCUCUCUCUGUAUAUAUAUAUAUCAAGUCUUAAAUUUAAGAAGAGAAAUUUACCUGUUACCUCCAGGAAUAUCGCAAACUUUCGUCGAAAGAUUCGAGCCAAUGGAUAAUGUUGUGUGUUGUGCGCGUGUGUAUAUGUAUGCGUCGUGUCGUGUGAAUGAAUGUACACCGACAGAAUGUUUAAAUACAGAACUUUCACUUUUA